GGUGAGAAGGACACCAGCCCAUAUUUCUGCCUACACUUUAAUAAAGAACUUGAGAUCUAUAAGAAGCAGGUUAUCGUUAAUCUUGUGGACCAGGCUGGUAGGGAGAAGAUCAUUGGCGAUGCCUACCUGAAGCAGGUCCUGAUGUUUAAUUGCCCCAAUCUCACCUACAUCAGCUUUGACUUUCAUGAACAUUGUCGUGGGAUGAAGUUUGAGAAUGUGCAGACGCUGACUGACGCCAUCAGUGAUAUCAUAACUGACAUGAAGUGGUGUUGGGUGGAUCAGGCUGGAGUCAUCUGCAAGCAGGAAGGCAUUUUUCGAGUGAACUGUAUGGACUGCCUGGAUAGGACCAAUGUUGUUCAAGCUGCCAUUGCUCGUGUUGUCAUGGAACAUCAGCUGAAGAAACUUGGUGUGAUGCCCCCAGAGCAGCUGCUGCCAAUGAAGUGCUACCGACUUUACCAAAUUAUGUGGGCAAACAACGGAGAUUCCAUAAGCAAGCAGUAUGCAGGCACAGCCGCUCUGAAGGGGGAUUUCACACGCACUGGAGAGAGGAAAUUGGCCGGUGUAAUGAAAGACGGAGUAAACUCUGCCAACCGAUACUACUUAAACCGAUUCAAAGAUGCAUACCGACAGGCUGUGAUAGAUCUGAUGCAGGGGGUCCCAGUGACAGAAGAUCUUUACUCCAUAUUCACUAAAGAGAAGGAACACGAGGCUCUCCACAGACAGAGCCAGAGGAACCACCAAGAGCUCAUCAGCCAGCUGCUUCAGAACUACAUGCAGAUCCUCUUGCCAGACAGCGAAAAGUUCCACGGCGGCUGGGCACUUAUCGACUGCGACCCCAGCCUCAUUGAUGCCACCCACAAAGAUGUUGAAGUCCUCCUGCUGCUUUCAAAUUGUGCUUAUUAUGUGGCCUACUAUGAUGACGAGGUGGACAAAGUGAAUCAAUAUCAGCGCUUAAGUUUGGAUGACUUGGAAAAGAUUGAGAUUGGCCCCGAACCUACAUUUUUUGGGAAGCCCAAAUUCUCAUGUAUGCGGCUGCACUACAGAUACAUGGGGAACAGCGGCUACUUCCACACAUUGAGGGCUGUGGCCGGAGCCCUGAAGAAGAUGGAAAAGACACACUGCUGUGUAUAGCGGAGAUGCUGCGGAUUACCAAACAAGCCAUGGAGUCUGACGUCCCUGUAAUUGAGAAGAAACUAGAGAGGAAGAGCAGCAAACCUCAUGAGGAUAUAAUGGGGAUAAAUUCCAAAAGCCAGAAACUAGGGAUGAACACCAUGGGCCUCGCUCAGAGCAAGAACUUCUUGAUGAGUAAAUUUUCGUCCCUUAACCAGAAAGUCAAACAAACCAACAUUGGAAGUCUUCGAAAGUUAGGUACAUUUAACAAAGCAGAAGUGAAGGGCUUCCUUAAACCCAACCUGCAGGUCAACCUGUGGAAAUCUGAUAGCAGUCUAGAAAAUCCCAGCACAGAGACCAAAGAUCACAUGGAGUCAGACUUGGAACUCUCAUCAGACAGCGACUCUUUUCAUUCCGAUGAUUAUAUUCCUAAAUCAGAUGAUGAUGGGCAGGUCAUAGGCUCCAUAGAGAACAUCGGGCAGGUGGACUAUGUACUACCUAGCUGUGGUAUCAUUGCUUCUGGCUCACGAUUAGGCAGCCGAUCACAGUCUGUCAGUAGCGCUGAGGUAAAUCUUCACAUUCCCACUGAGAUCCAAGUAACCCAGUGUGAAGCAUCACCCGAGGAGAACAUUCUUAUAGAUUUUGGGACCCCAAUUGAUGCUUACUGCCACCAGUUUGUCCAUGAUGCCCAGACCAAAGAUGGUGACUGCAAGGGUGGCGAUGGUGUUACUAAAGAACAAAUGGACCAUGUAUUAUUGAGCAAUAAUUCCCCUCAAACAUCUACUGUAAUGGACCCAGAAACAGAGCAACUUUCUCGGCCUUCACAACUUGAGGUAUCUGGAACCGACACUGGCUCCAGAUUGUCUGUAGACCUUUCAGCAGCCUCUGGCCGGUCAAGCCCUGGAUCUGCAGCUUCUCCAGCUGACAGCAAUAGCAGCAGAGUCGUCUCUCCGUUCGCCAAGAUCCGCAGUUCUGUAGUCCAAGUGGCAAACAUCACCCAAGCUGGACUCACACAAGGGAUUAAUUUUGCUGUGGCUAAAGUGCAGAAGUCUCCAGAGCCGGCAACCGUUCCAGCCCAGCUACCAAAUGACUUCAAAGAACUGUUCACACAGUGUCAGACACGAAUUAUACAAAUUUAA